AUGGUCCAGGCAGAGCCUCGUCUCGACGAAGUCGACGCGAAGAUCCAUCCGGCCAGCGCAGACCACAGUACCGCGCGUGCAGGUGCACGCACGGAUACCCUCACCUGGUUUAGCCCGCCGGUCGAGACGGUUGCCCGGAGUGUGGCCGCCGAGCAGAGCCCAGCUACGUGGAGCCACAGGUGAGAGUUGGGUGCCAGCAAAUGGACGCUAGGCGUAGUCUCACCUGCAAGCAAGUGAGCGACCACUACGACCUUCACGUGAACCCACCGCUGACACCCCUACACCCCACAGGAGUAUUCACCCUAUUGCUCGCAAACAGAAGACUGUUACCAGCCUACUUAGUCGAACACAAAUGCACUGCUCAGACAGCAAUAGUAAGCAAAAGCAACUUAAUUGUUUGUUUAGGCCGUUUUCUCUAAAUUGGUACUCUAGAGAUUUGGUACGCUGAUGCUUGAGAAAACAAAAAUAAAAAGACAACGAACUAGAUUGUUGCGAUCAAAUUCCCAAACCGAAAACAUUUCUGUGCAUAUAUAUAUAUAUAUAUAUAUAUAUAUAUAUGCUGGAAAACGGGCAUCCCAAGCAAUUUAACGGAAAAUGAGUAAGAUUCUGUGGAAAGAGAAUAACCUUAAAUACGCAAAUUUUCUAGUCUGGUCCCCCACGUCGUUGUCAGACUUUUGGUCUGUGUCUACAGCCUGCUACACCGAGCCAAAUCUACUGCUCUGAUGAAGAAAUUUAUCGAUCAGAAAUGAAAUAUCCUUUCAUGUUAUGUUCUCACAACGGGUUUCCGCGGGAAUUUACGUCAUUGCAUGAAACAUGAGCUUAUACAGAAAGGUAUUUCGAAAACCACGGCCACCCAAGCACCAAAACCAUUCACCUGCCGGACCCUCCCAUACGUGAAUAAUGUCUCUGAGCUCGUCGAAAGACAGCUGAAAAGCAUCAGAUACAAGUAGCACACCAACCUAUAACCACUUUCCGUACAGAGCUCGUAGACCCUAAGGACAGGUCUGACUAUCUUGAUAGAAAAUGGGUUGUCUACAGAUUACCAUGUUCUAGUUGUGAUACCGUCUACUGUGGUCAAACCGGGAAAUCUGCCUCUACCCGCAUACAUGAGCAUCAGUUAGCCGUGAAGAGAUGAGAUCACUUAUCCGAGGUGGCUAUGCACACUCUGGGCACUGGACAGAAAUUUUCAUGGGAGAACACUCGCAUUGUUGGCGCCUGCCCAAUAAGGCCGCGAAUUCCUGGAGGCAAUGCCCUCAGGUGAGGCAUGCAUCAAUCGGCAUAUCGAUUUAGAUGCCACGUACAAUUUUCUCAAGGGCAAAUGGAAGCGAGCGCAGCCAAUGCCGAGCGGAUGACGAAAAGCCAUUUACGCGCACUGGCGCGGGCUGCGGCCCUGCGACAUGGUUAAAUAGUUAACUGUUUUUUAUACAUAACCCAAUAGUCUGACGACGAGCAGGUUAGCCAGACUCGAAAAUUCACACAUUAAAGGUUAUUCUCUUUCCUAAGAAUCUUACUCAUUUUUAAUUAAAUUUCUUCGGAUGCGGUGAAUCAUGCAUUAAUCUGCAUGGAAAUGAAAAAAUGGAAGAGGUGCAAGCCAAUCCGCACGGAAUGCCAACCCACAACCAUGACUUUUUGGCGAAAAUGAAAGGGCAGUAUCGAUUUCAGGUACUUAAAAUUUUGACUGUUUUACACAUUUGCUACACGUCUUAGGAAGAUCCGGAGAAUGAGUGUCAAAAAUCUACAGAAUGAAGUUAGUUAUGCUUUUCAAAGGGCUGAAUAUUUUUAAAUAUAUAUGUGUGUAUACCAAAUGAUGGAAAACAGGCGAGGCCCAGAUACGUAAAAAAGGUGACGGGAUGGCGAUCUCCGGGACUUUUUGAUCUCUCAUACCAACCCAUCUUCAAGGAUUAAAGAAACUACAUCGAUCAUUACAUAUUUGACCCAUCUGAGCUAGAGCGACCUUCAGCUGCCCUAUUGAUUUGUUUGCACAACGCCGGAUAAACGGGUGACAGAUCGACAUGCCUACUGCUUAAGAUCUUGGUCGAGUGGCCCUCUCCCUACAGUAAACUCGAUAUUCGAUUAUCCAACUGGCCGAAGAUUUUAACGCACUCGAAACCGGAGUUUUACCCUGGCGACAACGAGUGGGAGGCUAACAUGGAAGGUUUAUCUUUACCCAUCACUGAGAGUUCAUGUUCAUGCGAACUCAUACGGACCUGUUUGGCGGUUCCACCAACAUAUUUGGUUUGACCACACUCGUAUUCUAUCCGGUUAAUGACGCCAACUUCCUAAUUGAUGGGUACUGGGUCGUUAGGAUGCAUGAGUUGCCGAUGGAUUGUCGCAUCGCGUGUGCGAACGACGCCAAUCUCGAAUUCUUCAAGCCAGCAUGUGAGUUUUGGCUGUCCCGUCAGGUUUCUUCCCCUGGCCUUCAGAUAAAACUGCUGGGAUAUCCGUUAGCUGUGGAAAGUUCCACAAAAACCAAACCUUUCUAUUCUCAUCUGGCUUGAUGCGAUUUUUUUCUACACAUCGAAAGAGGGUUUUCACACAGCGGCGUUUGUGCGACAGGGGGGGUGGUUGCUAUGACAACUAAGGGCACGUGAAGUAUUCGUUGACUUCCUGUAAACCGUUCUUCCGUAAAACAACACGUCUUGAAGCGGAAACUGACGAUCUUUUUCUCCUUUGUCGGGAAAUAGAUGCCAGGGAACUUCGAGUUAAUAUUUUGCAGGAAUUCCUCAAUCCUGUCUCGACUGAUGACGACAAAUGCGUCAUCAUCACACCCACAGUCGCGGUCAAUAGUGAUCAAGAGUUAGUGCCUCCAGGCGUUUCAUUACUGCCUCAGCAAGCAGACUAGGCAACAGCGGCCCUAUCGGUGUGUUUUUGACUUGUUCGUACACGGUUCCAGAGAAGGUGAAGAAGGCCAUCAAACGAUGUUUCAGGAGAUCUACAAGGUGCCUUGUCAAGAGUUAUUCGUCCGUCCCGUUAUAAGGUUAUGCUAGCAAGUGUUUUUAUGGUUUCGAGGGCUAGACAUUGUAGAACCGAGGUACAAAGUGAUGUCAUUUCGUUAUCCGCAAGUUCAAUACCCUUCAUUUUUUGCAUGAACUGCUCAGCUGAAUGAACCGUUCUUUCGGAGCCCAAAGUUAAAAACUUGAGCCGCUGAAACAACCGCUUGACCAAGUCAGACGUUCGGGUCCCUCUCAGAGUAGCAAUCGCCCGUAGGCGUGUUCUCGGUUUGUGGACCUUUGAAAGGCCAUAGAAUCUCGCGAUCGUUGCAUCCUUGGGUUUCGUUUUUUUCCAGUUGAACUGUUAUAUGGUUCUUGCUUUCCGAGGACUUGAUACGUCUUUGUUAAUAUUGAUAAAAGGCGUUUUCGUCUUGUCCUCUUCACGACAUAUGUAGGCAGAUCUGUCGUCCAGAACAGUCUAGACUUUGCUUAUGUAGUCCUUCUUGUUCAGUAAAACCGUCGGCCGUUCUUUGUCAGGUGAAAAUAUGACAAUACUUUUGUCGACAUUUAGCAUCCGGAAUGCUUCGUUUUCCGUGUUUUAGAGGAUAUUGCUUUUUGUGUGGGACAUUAGUCUGCAGGAGAUCCGCCAUCGUAAUAGAUUUCUGUUUUCCUCUGUGGUUUGGUCUUCACCGAUGACAGAUUCUGCAGCAUCGAUGAAGUCAAAUGAUUUGGCAUUGGAGAUUUUGAAACAGGCACCAUGUGUCAGGACUUUAGGGGAACUUCCACGUUUCCAGUAUCAGAGCAGUUUGUUUGAUUUCCCUGAUGGCUUUGGUCCAUGAACUCGCGUCCUCUUCUUUGGGAGAUGAUGGACGCGAUAAGAUUACUGGGCUUCAAGUUUUUUAACAAACAUGGAUAUGCAGAAGGAGAUUACCAACAAAGACAGGAGAGCGUGAGAUGGUCAGGUUUAGCCAACUAGCCGUCGCCAGCUUUCGCUACCCAAACCCAGGUUUUGCGAAACCUGAACUUCGGCCCCCGCGUUCUCUGACCAUCGGGCUUUACUUCCAAUGCUCUACCAAUCGAACCAGGGGCUCUUUGUCAUGUCAACUGCAAUCGGGAAUAUUAACCCUAUUGAACGCACUUCCGACAUAAUGGUAGGGGGACGCUCACCGAUCGUUCAUACGGAACUCACUCGUUACGUUGUGCCUUAAGGGCUCUCUCUCGAGCCCAACAAGCAGCCUCGCAGCGGCGCAUGACAUAUAGGCAGAAUGCUAUUACCGACAAAGACAAGGGAGACCGGAAUGGCCAUUUCUGGCUUAUUAGCCGUCGUCAGCCAGCCAUACCCAACCCCAACGUCAUCUUUUAGGUUAUUUAAGGGGAAUCCAGUUCAGUAAACUCUAUACUCAUCGGGACCCGAUGGUAACCCGUCUCAUUUUCCACAUGCGUGACCACGCAGACCGGGGUUUAUCCACCUCGAUCUCGUUGAACUAGUCUUUUAGUCGGUUACUCUGCUAACUUCGAGCAUUCUGUCCACACCCACCCCCUACUUUUUUCUGGGUCCUAGGUCGUCGCGUUAAAUUUUUACAGUCUUGGUUUGGAUGUAGCUGGUAAAGCAUACAGUUGUUGUGCACUUUAAAGUCAAAAACGUAGCCUUCUUGUUCCGCCUAUGACCCUUCUGUCAUCGCACGGCGGGCGGGCUGGCGAUCACUCAUAAAAAAAUGGAGGAGUCCGUGGAACGGACGAGUCGCAAUCGUUGUUAGACAUACGGAGGGAAUCUGGGACUUAAAUCGGUCGUAAUUAAGUCACGGUAGCCUGAAGCCAACUGCUCUGCUGCUGAUGCCAUUCAACCAUAUCCUGUCCAUAGUAGUUGGGAGUAUGUCGUGCUCCUGAGGAGCAAUAAGUGACUACACGCGUUGUCCCAACUCACCAGCCUUCUCUGUGCCGUCGCACCGUGUAAUUAUUAGUGUCUUUUUUCCGCAUGGCGAGUCCCCAACGAGGUCGCCCACGUACUCUGUUAUGCAAUCUCGACAGCACUCCCUGCCCACUUCCCACACUUAAAGCUUCCCCUCUGGCUUUGUCUACAUCCCUAGCAUGUCUCAUAAUUGCCGGAGACUGGAACACUUCGUGCACCUGUGGACUCUCCGUCUCUCAUCGGACUAACUCCUUGUACGAGUUUUUCAAAGUGAGGUCUAGAGUUUCUCCCUUCUUAUGGUUUGAAGCGACCACAUGACCCGUGUCACAUGACGCGAACGUAUGUCUAUAAAAUACUGUUUAAGUUCGUUCUUCCUAGACUCCAUGAGUCAUGCAGUUGCGUUAGGCGUUGUGUCUCCAAAAUACUGUUUAAAUUCGUUCUUUCUAGACUCCAUGAAUCAUUCAGUUGUGUUAGGCUCUGUAGCGGAUGAUAAGGGCUGAAAGCCCUUCAGCCCACUAAUUGCACACAUUGAAUGAAUAACAGAGCGUGAAGACCUGUUCUGCCAAUGAAAGAAUUCAUCCAACUCGGAGCCCAAAAUCCACUGCAAAACCGGAUGCGCUUCGUGGGGGGUGUAACUGUAGCUUCCAUCCAAUUCACUCGGACUAACAGAGAUAUUUUUAACCCCCAACUAAUUAUUCACUCGGAGUCUGUGCACUUUUCUAUCAGUUGUCCGAUUAGGCAUUCUGAGCACCUUAUAACGCGGAAAAGCAUUUGGCAAUUUUGUCGCCCAAAACGGGCUACUCAUAAAGUACAGGAAGUGGCGCAUCUCAUGAAACGUUAGCCGAAGUUUUGAAAUGUGUUUCUGAUUAAAAAGGACCACUUAGGUAGCGUUUUAAUAUUGAUUAUCGUGCAAAAUAAUCCAAAAUUAUUUCACUCACGAUAGGAUGCCUGCUUCUGAUUGCACAUCUUCCUGGCUGCCAGCAAAAACCGCAUUUGCCAAAAAUGACUAUUUAUGUAGGCUCCAUUCCUCCAAUGAUUUUCGAUGAUCGUAUAAAUUCGAGUAUGAUCCACCGAAAGCACGCGCAAACGUACCCUCUCUUCUAUCCAUUUGAUAGUAAAUUACGUCUUCUUCAAAUUCUAUACUCAGAGAGAGGGUAGCUUUCAGUUUAAAAGACUUUGCAGUAAUAAGGUUUUAAAGACCGUGAAACGACAUUCAAAUAGCAUCGUAUAUAUCCGGAUGUAAAUUCUCUUUAUAAACUGUGCAAUAUGGUCAGCAUCCAUGUGGUAUCGUCCUAACAGUAUAGAGGAAUGCGUGUUUUUCUUCACAUGGAAAGUAUGGAAAGUGUAGUUUCGAAAGGACAAACGCAUUUUUAACGGCAGGUUAGGUUCAAAAUGAUCCGCGAAUUGGGAAACUUGUUAACGCAGAAAGCCAUCCGUUUUCGUGCAUAAAUUUGAAGAAGAUGUGAUUUACCACAAAAUUCGUUCAAGAGAGGAUAUUUUGCGCAUGUUUUCUAUAAAAUAAAUCCGAGUGUGAGCGUACAUGGGAAAUCAAUAGCAAAAUGAAUACUACUUAAGCAAUAAUUAUGGCGCAAGUGAUUGCUGUGAGCGGUCAUUCAGUCAAUGCUCGAGUUCGAUAAAAGAAUGGGAGGUAGGUGGCACGCUGACAAAAUGAAAGCAGAAAAUAUUCGACCUACCGGAACAAAAUCUUAACGAUAAAUAAACAACCAAAAAUGAUUUUUCAUGUUCGAACCAAUCACGAUGUCUUCCCCUAUGUUGGUUCAGGACCGAGAGAACCGAUUAGGCGUUAUUUUUGUUUGCUUAGAACGGUGUCUGGCCGAUGUUUUAGUUCACAGAAGACCACAAAGGACGGUUCCGUCGGGGUGUACUUGUGACGGUCUGCUCUCCCUGUCGUCCGCCCGGCCGCUUACCCAUGUCCUCUUCUGUCCGCCUAGCACACCUUUCGGUCACUGCUUUCGUGCGCGUGUGACGCAGCACUCGGCUCGCCGGCAUCGUGACACCAAUCGAUAUUUCUCUCUUUACUGAUUGGUCGCAGCCGGACAAAGCUCAUGCGCAGGCAUUUUACGCCGACGAUGGCAGCAUAACUAGGCUGCCGCAUGGCUGUUUAAAAGCUUACUGACUCCGCCUGCUGAGUCGCGUGCACGCUCUCCACUAGUUUCGUCUUCCCCGACUUUUGAUUUGGGGAUCCUCGAAUCGUCGACCCAUCAACCUCGACACAUUAUUUGUGCCUAUAUCACCUCCUUGUCCCGCCAAGCUAACCCAUUCCCCCGAGAUAAUCGCCAGCCUAGCGACUGUGGCCGCGCACGCAAUAGCCUCUUAGCCAAUGAGGGACACGCAUGCCCUGUCCCGUCGACCAAAGCAGGUUUGCCUACCAAGAUUUAGAAUCUGCUUCCAUGAAGUAAAUUUUAGAAGACUUUGUGUCAUUCUGAAUUUGUAUCGGGGCACUCAGUUUCACAGGCAUCGGCUGGAGGACCGUCAUCCAUUGUGAGUAAAAUACUUCCGUCAGCAGUUGUUUGGCUGGAAGUUUGCUCGACCUUAUAUCGCGUUGUAACCACUCUUACACCUGUAGCGGCCGAGGACGUCAAGUAUAGCACACACCAAAGUAAGAGAACGCUGAUAAGAGAUCUUGGCCGGGGUAAACACAGGAGAAGAAAGCAUUUCGAAUAUGGGAUAAAGUGCACGGGGAAAACAUAUAAUAAUCGUAAUUGUACAGGAAGGAUGGUUACAUCUGUAGAAUGACCUGUCUGGGUGGAGAGGCGAUGCCAACAUGCCAGCUAGUAAACCGGUGGGGAGCGCAGAGCUGGGGGCAACUGCAGGGAGGGGCCGAGGGGGUGCCGAUGUGGCGAGGAGGCGAGCGGUACGGACGAUAGGUUACGUUACGGUACGACGAGGGGGAAGUGAUCGGCAGAAGAGAGAGGGAGGGGCACCGGCUAUCUUCACCGACACGCAACUACGCCAUCUCCACCCUAGGUCCUCGCGCCAAAAAGUGUUCACACAUUCAAACAAUUCUGUUCGCGCCGAGGGACGUUACACACUAACAUGAACACUGCGUUGUUCUCUGAUCUAUGGUACAUCGUUGGGCAGCGUUGUACUCAUCUGCUGACGUCCAACAUUAUUUACAAUGGGAUGAGUUUAGGCACUAGCAGUAUUCGCUGCUGAGCGCAGACCCCAUCCCGUCCAAUCGUUAAUUAUUUUACUAGGCUUUAGCCUCAGUGCAAAAAUACCAGUUUUGCAUCCAGUCGGUCUUGUCAAGAUGGUCGACUGAUUGAGCAGAGGAUCCACUGUGACAACAGGGCUGGAGAAGGUGUAGGGUUUUUGAAUCGAAGCAGUUUAAUUGCCUUACAUGCUCUGAGGUCAUCUACUCUGCUUUCUGCUGACGCUGGGCUUUUACCGACCGCAAACUGAGGUCAUUAUUGUGGCUUUAUUAACUUUAACGCCAAAGGGAGCAAAAAUAGCUCAUUUCCUAAAUGCUGAUGUUUAAGAACGUGUUCUGUCAAUAACAGGGAUGGCCGGUCUUUCUCAGUAUCUGAAUGCUAGCAGCUACGAAUGUUUUUCUUCUUUAAAGUUUUUGCCUUUCAAGCUAUUUAGGGCCACCAUUCGCAUUUGCAAAAAUCUUGCAGACCUUGCAGUGAUUAAACAACAGCUUUCCUGCGAAGGAAGUAAUCUGGACGGUAAAAGGCCGUCCGCACCAAAACAAGCAUUAUGUCAUCCAUGGUCUGCCGUAAUAUAACGUUCCUUGAACUUCUCCACUGCCCAGUUGGGUUUGUCAAAACAAGAACAUAACUGGACGCACGACUCAAUAAACAAGCCUGGUGAUAGGACCGUCCUCAUUGACGAUGCCCACCGUGUGCCCGGUAGCAUGGCGGGGGCAGGGAUAGUUACUUGCGCAGCAUCUACCCCAUUCCCUCUUCCCUCACUCUCCUGGGUCAGGUGUCAAAACAAAGCCAAUAACACCCUAGGCGAGGUAUGACGCGGACGGCUGGCGUAGCAUGGGUCUGCGCCUAGGCGCGCCACACACCCCCCACCCCCACGUAUAACAUUUGUCAUGGGUGCGCAGCCUAGUAACGCGUACCGGACCCUGGGUUGACUCUCUUGUUUGUCCAGCACACCUACCACCUGGUCCCUUGCAGAGGCAAACACGAAACAGAAUACCGUAGAUGGCAGCACCGGUGAAGCGGACCGAAAUUCACGAAAAAUCCGCAGCAAAUUUGUCAGAUUCGUCGGUAGUGAGUCGCCAGCAGGAGAAAAGACAGACAGGGAUGACCGAGUAUGUUCUGCUGAGGACUGGCUGGUUCCCUGCCGUGCACGAACUUCGAACGAUAAGAAUGGUGCUGCGGCAGUCUGUUGCCAUGGUCGCCAAUGCGACUGCCUACCCUUACCGCCUUCUGUCCAUUUAGCUCCUCCUCGCAAUUGAUUGCCUGCGCAGUGUGCGACUCCGCCUUCGGCCUACCGAGACCGUGUUGCCGAUCGAUUUUCAUUUGUCUUCAGCGAUUGGUCGCCAGCUGGACGGAGCGGGGGCGCACGCACGCACCUCGCGAGGCGGCGGCGGCGGCGGCGGCGGUGGCUACCAACUUUAA